AGUCUACACAUACACCGGAAACAUGAGAGGAGCGAUAUUAUGGUUACUCGGGGUAGCAGCAGUGGCUUCCCUGCCGCUGUCGGACCCCCCCACACCCAACAAGCACGACCUUCUGCAGAUGAUCCUCAACGCACGACCUGAAGACAACGACCUUGAAGGAAAUGCCGUCGAAGUCCUCCCUGAGGCUGAGGCCCUGGAUGUACCGGUAACCACCCAGUCGUCCGUCAAUGCGACCUCCAAGGUGCCAGCUGAUAAGGCUUCUACUCCUGUCGUCACUACGCCUGAGCAGGAACAGGUGCAGCAGCAGCAGCUGGUAGCGGAGGACGACCAGGAACAGGCAACUGAACAAGCGCAGAAGCCCGAAGAGAUAGAACAAGCGCCUGCACAAGAACAAGCGCCCGAGCAGGAACAGCAAGCGCCUGAGGAGGUGGCGUUGCCCGAGCAGGAGCAGGUCCCCGAGGAGGUACAACAGGUUCCUCAGCAGGAUGCAGAAGAACCAAUCCCCGAGCAGGAGCAGCUCCCUGUCGAACCGCAGGCUAACCCCCUCGUGCCUGUCCCGGUCCAAGAACCUUCAAGGCUGGAAUACUUCAUCCCUGACACAGAUGAAGAACCCGAGAUUGUGUACAUUCCUAUGCUCGAUGUUCCUGAAGAGCUUCCUGAAGAUGGUUUUAUAACAGAACCCCAAGACGGAGGAGAGGAAAUGGAUGUUACCGAGGAAUUCCCUGUAGACACUGUUGACGUUCCUGAAGACAGCUCUGAAGAACCUGUGGAUGUCUUUAUUGCUCCUGAAGAAGUGCCUGAGGGCUUUGUGCCUGAAGAAGUGCCUGAGGGCUUUGUGCCUGAAGAAGUGCCUGAGGGCUUUGUGCCUGAAGAAGUGCCUGAGGGCUUUGUGCCUGAGUAUGAUGGCCCUGAAGAAGACUCCACAGAAAGCUCUGAGGACCCUGAUUAUGUGCCUGAAGAGGUUUUUUAUGCUCCUGAUGAGGUCUCUGAAGGAAUCCCAGUUAUCCUUGAAGAAGUCUCUGAUGACCCUGAAUAUGAUGGCCCUGAGGACUUCCCACAAGAAGUUCCUGAAGUAGUUUUUGACAAUUUUGGUACUCCCGAAGAAGUUUCUGAAGACAGGUUUGAUGGACCUCAAGAGAUGCCUGAAGAAUUUUCUGAUGUCCAAGAUGAAGUUCCUGAGGGAAUCGUAGUUAUCCCUGUCGAAAAUUUUGAUGCCAUCGAAGGCGCCUCUGCAGAUAAUUUUGAUGGACCUCAAGAGGGCCCUGAAGCCGAGGCAGGAAUUCCCGAAGGAGUCUUUGCUGUCCUUGAAGAAGUCCCAGAAGGAUUUUAUAUCCGUGAGGAGAUCCCCGAGGGAAUAUUUGUCCCUGAAGAAGAAUCUGAAGUCGAUGGCCCCGAAGACAUCCCCGAAGGUAUUCCUGAUGGUGAAGUCCCUGAGGAUGCGUUUGAUGGUCCUCAAGAUGCCCCUGAAGGUUUUGAUGCUCCUGAAGUGAAGCUAAUAACUAGUCCCAGACAUGGGGGAGCCACCGAGGAUGACGAACCUGAGGAUUUUGAGCUUCAAGAAAACCCACAAGAGGAGACUAUCUUCGACCCACCCGUUGUAUAUUUCGUACCUGAAGGCGAAACGUUCGUGCCCGAGAAUGCCGACUACACUCCCGAGGAGGAAUACAACUUGGAGGGAAACCCUGACAUGGAGCAGGAUAUGCCACUGAUGGAGGAAGAGGAGUAUGUCCCCGACGAUGCACCCAUCGCCUCUGACGGUUAUUUCGUCGGUGAGGAACAGCCAGUGAUUGAAGAUAGUGCUUUUGUGCCUGAGGAGGAGAUCUCGAAUGACGAAGCCAUGCCAGAUAACCUCCCUAUAGCAGUGUUCCACACUUCUGAAGGUGACGUAAUCGUACCUGCGUUCCUUCCAGACAUGCCGGAAGAGUCCUCUUCUGAAGAGGAUGUUCCAGAACAGUUCUACCCGCAAGGUGAGGAGUCCGAGGGCGAAAGCUUUGCGCCGUUCCUUCCAGAGGCCGAUAAUGACGAAAUGGUCUUCAGGCCCUUCGGCGGGUUCCCUUUCUUCCGUCCUGCUGUGGUAAUGCGUCCAGAGACAGAAGGAGAGGAGGAGCAGGAAGGCGAUGAGUCCACUGGGCCAUAUGUACCACCGAACUUAGUCGAGAUCGUGGUUAUUGGCACCCAAGGCGACCGCAAUGACAGGCUCCCCUUCCCCUUCGCUCCCCAGCGGCCUUUCGAUGUGCAGAUGCAGCCUGAACAGCUGCCCGUCCGCCCCAUCGCGCCCAUCGCUGGAGAAACAUUCCGCCCUGAUGAGCCUCUGCUGCCCAUCGCCGGAGAGCCACAGACAGACGGGGAGGAUCAGCUGACUCCCAUCGUGGUCGACAAUCAGACAUUUCUGAUCCCCAAUGAAAAUGACAGCCAGAGAAUCAUUUUCCCCGAGGAUGACGAGCCCACCCAGAGCCUCCCUGUUUUCCCCGCCCAGUGGGACGACGAGCAACAUUUUUUUCUACCAAUCCGGAGCGAGGACGAUAGCGACGACCAGCCAAUGACUGAGGAAAAGUUCCCAGAAUUCGAGCAACAACAGCAGCCAACUCAAGAAUUUCUCGAGCAAAAUUUCCGUUUCCGCCCACAGCCACUGAUGAGAAGACCCACAUUUCCCACAAGGGAACCUCAGGACUACUUCGACGGACCACAGACUCCUCAGAGGUUUGGCCAUUUCCACCCUGAACCAAUCCCUUUCCAGACCGAUGACGACGACGAUGAUGUAAUUUACACUGAUUACGACACCCCAGAUGAAUACGAUACACCCUUCGACUAUUUCAUGCAGUCUCGCUACCCACAACUGUACGGCGGAAACGACUAUUACCCACAGGCAAUCAACGAGCGCCCUAGGAACCCAAAUUUCACCCCACAGAACCAACAGCUGUACGGACCACGUUUCGGACAAAACAACCCACCUCCUCAGUUCUACCGCGAUUACUCUCCUUUCAACUUCAGGACCGCCAUGCCCGCGAGGUCUCCUUACACGCAAGGCUACCAGGGUCCUUUCCCAGUUAACUCAGGGCGGAUCGCACCACAAAGCCAGUACGAAGCAAACUACGGUUAUCCUUGGAACUACGACUAUCCCUCCCGCCGUCCUGUGUGUUAUACUGUAUUUUCGAAGACAGCUGAGGUCGUAAGCAAAGUUAAAGGAGACUUUGCCGAAAUCGAAUUCGAAAAUACAAUUAUGGAAAGAACACUGAAAUGGAUUUUCCUUGGACGCAGUCAGAGUGAAAAUGAGAUAACGCUUGUCUACCCAAUGCACAUUUAUACACAUGGGUUAUAUAAAACACAUUUACAUAGCGAAAACAUUCACAACACAUACAGGCAUCCUCAUUCGCAUGCACAGAAGCACUUCCUGGAACAUCUCCCAAAUAAAGAAUAA